ACCAUAUACCGUCAUUCACUCACACCAUUGAACCACAGAGAGUAUCGCGUUAGCUGGUCAUGCCUUUGCUUGGUGAUGAUUGGCGAAAAUAUUCAGAGGGCGGGCAAAAUGUAAACUUCAGAACUUUUCUCCGAUGCGAUUGGUCGUGAAUGGUGCGUUUGGUCAAACAGAGCCCGGCGCACAGGUACAGCGCUCAUGAAAUAUAUAAAUAGAUGCUCACCGUUCUUCUGAUUAUUAUAGAUGCCAAGCAUUCAUUAAUCGAUAAGCUACAUAGGAUUUCUUUGAAGUAAUCAUUUUAUCAAGGUCUAACAGGAUGCCUGGAUCAGUCCCUGCAAGUGGUGAGGCCACCUGGCCUAAAGAUGUGGGUGUCAUCGCCCUGGAGGUGUACAUGCCCUCGCAAUAUGUGGAGCAGUCAGAGCUGGAGCAGUUUGACGGAGUCUCCGCGGGAAAGUACACCAUCGGCCUUGGCCAGGCGCGGAUGGGCUUCUGCUCUGACCGCGAGGAUAUCAACUCCCUCUGCAUGACGGUGGUCCAGAGGCUGAUGGAGAGAAACUGCCUGUCCUACGACUGCAUAGGCCGCCUCGAGGUGGGCACGGAGACCAUCAUCGACAAGUCCAAGUCAGUGAAGUCGGUCCUUAUGCAGCUGUUCGAGGAGUCUGGAAACACAGACGUGGAGGGCAUCGACACCACAAACGCAUGCUAUGGGGGUACGGCAGCCCUGUUCAACGCUGUCAACUGGGUGGAGUCCAGUUCUUGGGACGGCCGCUAUGCUCUGGUCGUGGCAGGAGACAUUGCCGUUUAUGCCACGGGCGGUGCCAGACCUACAGGUGGUGCCGGAGCAGUCGCCAUGCUUGUGGGCCCCAAUGCCCCACUGGCAUUUGACAGAGGUCUGCGGGGGACACAUAUGCAGCACGCCUAUGACUUCUACAAGCCAGAUAUGGUGUCCGAAUACCCGGUGGUGGACGGCAAGCUCUCCAUUCAGUGUUACCUGAGUGCGCUGGACCGCUGCUACAGUGUGUACCGCAACAAGAUCCACGCCCAGUGGCAGAGAGAGGGUGUCGACAAGCGUUUCAGCCUGGCGGACUUUGACUACAUGGUCUUCCACUCCCCCUACUGUAAGCUGGUGCAGAAGUCAUUGGCACGUCUCCUCCUCGACGACUUCCUGUCCCACCCUAAUCCCAACACUGAAAGUGGCUUAUACAGUGGCCUGGAGGCUUUUAGGGAUGUGAAACCAGAGGACACUUACUUUGACCGGGAUGUGGAGAAAGCUUUCCUGAAAGCGAGUGGGGAGAUGUUCGAGCAGAAGACUAAGGACUCUUUGCUGGUGUCCAACCAGAAUGGCAACAUGUACACCCCAUCUGUGUACGGCUGCCUAGCCUCUGUCAUUGCUCAGAGGACGCCUCAGCAGCUGGCUGGCCAAAGGAUUGGGGUUUUCUCGUAUGGCUCUGGGUUCGCUGCCACGCUCUACUCCAUUCGAGUCACACAGGACGCCACACCUGGGUCAGCACUGGAUAAGCUGGUGGCCAGCUUGAGUGAUCUCCAGGCCAGGCUGGACUCCAGGAAAAAAGUGUCUCCCGCUGUCUUUGCUGAGAACAUGAAACUGAGGGAGGAGACUCACCACUUAGCAAGCUACACACCCCAGGGUUCGGUGGAUGAGCUGUUUCCUGGCACCUGGUACUUGACACACGUGGACGAGAAGCACCGCAGGCAGUACUCCAGACGCUCACAGAGCGACGACACGCCUCUGGAAGCAGGCCUGGUCAACUCCACAACAAAAACAGAGCAUAUCCCCAGCCCGGCGAAAAAGGUGCCCCGGAUCCCUGCCUCCAAUGCUGGCCCUGGCCUCGUCACCAUUAGCAACGGGGAUCACUGAUUUGACCUCUAAGAGGUAUCAAAAUGGCAAUGGUUAUGGAAGAGGGAAACAUAAAAGGACGGAAAGCAACUGUUUCUGACCAAAUCCUCGCCGUAUCAAUAACUACUGUGUACCACAUGACUUAUUUUUUCAUCCCAGCUUGAUCACUCAAAAUUUAUUUUGCCAUCAUCAUUACUAUGCUUUAUGUUUUUGUCUAUUAUAUUUGAUUUUUGUUUUUGUUUGUUUGUUUGUUUUAUUUGUUUUCUGUUUAUGUCUGUUUUUAAAAAAAUAACACUCAUAGGACUGGUCUGAGUAUAUUAUGGACAUGGGGGAACUUGCAGUCCCCACCACCCAUUACAUGUAGGUGUGUGUCUAACCUGACUCUAGUAGGCAUAGCAAUGUUUUCACAAACCCAGAGCUGCAUAGUUCUCCCGGCGUCCAUGCUUGCAUUACGCUCACUAUCUUACCGUGGGCAUGACUUUAGGGGCAGGGAUUUCCCUCCUUAGGCCCAAACAGGAAGUAGAGCCUCCUGAAUUAAGGACUGAGGGUUUUUACAGGGAGCGGGAAGGGACAAAAAGGGAUGCCGGUCUUGUCCAUUUAUGUUUAUUUCACAGGUAUGAAAUGCUGCUGCUUCCUCCUCCUCCUCCUCCACAUGUUGGAACCACUUAGUGGCCGGACAACCUUAACACACCUGCAUAGUUGAUGGUUUUCCCAAAUACCUCGUUUAGCAAAGGAAUGGGUAGUUAGAGUGACUGUGCGUGUUGUUGUCUGUUGCAACCACUGUGACCAGCGGAAUAAGAGACCUAUGCAGACUGUUCAGUCAAUGGCACUUAACAGAAAUUCAAGUUUGAGAAUGUUGGUCUGCGUACGUGGUCCAAUUAAGGAAUGGUGCAGUUAGUAUGUGUAAGCAGUUGACACAUUAUUUGAAUGAGUUAAUAUUUAAUGCAUUUGAAUAUUCCUCCGAAGGAGAGGAUGAACAUCUUUUUUCCUUAAUCUGGAACUGUAUUAAUUAUUUAACUAUAUUAACUAAAAAAAGAAUUCCAGCAAUUUUGCUGGCAUUGAACCAAUAUAAGACAUUUUAUAAUGAAAAAGUAAUGAAAGAAUGGAAAAAUUGUAUAUUAUGAAAUACAAUAGUUUUGUUGGAUUGCAUAGGGAGUAAAUAAACUUGCCUCCCACUGAUGCUGUGUAGUAGUCAUGGUCUGUAUAUGAUUAUAUGAUUCGAAGAUUUACUUUUUACAACUUUGCAAAAGUAACAUGUCAUUGAGAGAGGGAAAGAAAUCCUUAACUGUGUGUCUAGUGUUCAACUUUCCUUUUGUUGUGCCAAACUAAGAGGAAGUGGAACACACUAACACAAGCAUGCAGGCGUGCAUGCAGACAGACACCCUCAGUGUUUGUUCAUGUUCGCACCUGCAGUUAGUUUUGAGAGACUUCACAGAACACUUCACAGUUCUUUUCAAAAUGUUGCUGCAGUUUUUACACACACACACACACACACACGAGUUGCCUUUUGGUGUUAGUUGGGAAGUAGCAGUAGAAGUAACCAAGCUAUUUGUCUGUGAAAUAAAUCAAUACUUAGGGCCUUAUUUUACAAGGGCUAGCAGAAGGGGAAACUAUGUGUGUGUGUGUAACUGCAUAAAUGAAGGCAGGUUAGCUGUAUGUUAGUGUUGAGUUUGUGAAAGGUUCCAUACCAUGGGGAAACCCUGUGUAGACAAUGCUGUGGACUCGCUGGUCCUAUUAUUGACAGUUAUUGCAUUUCCUCAAUGAAAUAUCUUAUGCAUAAAUGUACAUUUUGGGUUUAACCUAGAGGACACGUGUGGACAAUGAUGCAGAAUGUUCAAGUUUCAUGAAGCCUUAUUCAAAAGUAUGUUCACAGCUUCAAAGAGUUAUAUUCUGCAUAAUGAUAAAAAGAUUUAUUUUAUUUUUUUUGGUUACCAGGUAGUCGCCUCAGAGGCUUCAACUUAAAAUGGCAAAUGUUUACAAGAUGUUUAUCUCAGAUCAGUUCAUUUUUGAGUGAUGUACAGGACUAACUGUAAAAUUAUUUAUAUUUUGUAGAUAAUAAAAUAAAUGAAUUGUCAGAUCAAGUAUAACUUUUUUAGAAAAUUAAACAUGUACACCAUUGUAUGUAGGAAUGUACAAUGAACAGAUGAAAUUGAAAAAUAAAUUUCUGUCCAUUUAAA